AUGGGCGGGAUUGGCGGGUCAGGAAUGGCGAAGCUGUGUGCGGCGAUGGCGGGGCUGAUGCUGAUGGGAGGAUGCACAGGAAGGUUCAUCGCAAUGGUCGAUACAGACAAAGGGACGAGAAGGAGUCACUUGGAAGCUGAGAAGUCACAUAGCUUGUACCGACCACUGGCUCUAAGGGGGGGAGGGGAAACAGAAAAAUCGUCGAGCAGGAGUGAGGGUGCUUUCGAUCCCUCGAUGGCGAGGAAGAGGAUGGAGACCAUGUGGUCUCGUGAGUCGAUCACCUUCGGGGAGGAGCAGAGCGCCAUGCACAUUCAUAGAGAAGAGUGGAUCACCGACCGACUUUGCCUGACCAAGGGCUUCGAGAUCGUUCGUGACGACCUCCAACUCUCCUUGGAAGGCUUGUCAGUGUGUACAGCAGAUCUUACCUGCCCGUCCGUCGCAUCCAUCCUGGGAAGAUUCUCAUGCGGGGAAUCGUUUUCGACGCUCUUCUUCUCCGAGCUCAGUCACCCCAAGUUUAAGUGUUUCGAAUCUUCCUCCAUGCAGAGCAGCUUCCUCAAGACCUCGGUAGCCAGGGAAGCCACGGGCAUGCUGGGAGAGAGGUUCCGCUCAAAGUUCUACAGGGGUAAUCCUCUGUCCUAUCAGUUGUUCAACUUCGACGUUGUUUCGCAUGUCAACAUCUCCAUGCUCACUGCGCAAAGCAAGUACCCGAGCUCGAAGUCAGGCCAGGAUAACAACCAUUCCUGCAUCCUGGGAUGUUUGCGAGCCUUCGAUCCCGACAAUUCCAAUCAUGUCCAGAUACGAAGGCUGCUCGGGGAAUCGAACUUUGAGUUCCUCUCGUCCAGCGCUGCCGGCAAGGGGGAGGAAGCGCAGGAGACAGCCUGCCUGAUUGCAGGUUGCAUCCUGGCUGUGCAAGGGAUGCGCGAGGUCAUGGAGUCCAUGAGCCGAGUGAUGGAUGGGAGGGGGAUGUGUCAUGCCACGGCCUCCCUCCUCACGGACAAGCAGCAGGAUCGAAUGCUCUACUGCGCGCGAGGGUCAGUGUUCGAUGGUCAGAUCCGAGAGCAGGGGAUGGGGACUGAUGCGGCCAAGUACAAGGUACAUCGCAUACUCCAUCGGGACGGAAACAACCGUUUCUUCAUUAAGUACGGGGACAUCAAGUUCUACGACAUCUACUUCAUGCCGUAUCCUCUCCGGGAGGGAGAGGAUGAGGCGGCGAAGGAGGACGAGAUUGACGAAGCGGUAGCGCUCUCUCCCGAGGACGAGGCAGAGGGGAGUCAGAACAUGCUCGUUGCCCUCUGGUGCAAGAUGAGAGUCAUCCCUCCCACGGUGCUGGCAGUCGGAAUGCUUCUACUGGGGUUCUCGCAGUCAGGACAGAAGGACGUGUUUCAACAGACUUUUGACCCGCUGCUGUCAAAGGGCCGGGAGGUCAAGAAGUGGAUUCAACGGACGCUAGAAAAGCACCGAAAGAGUGAGGCAGUAAAAGGGGCGAAGAGGUAG